GUCCAAAAGUCAAAAGCAGACAGUCAACCACCUGAAAUGUCAACAAGCAUACCACCAACUACUGGCAGUCGAGCCAGAUGCAAAGCUAAUCAAUCACCUCUCUCUAGAUCCGAAUCAUUGUACAAUGGCGGGUCCUGCGGGUCGGAGAGACAAGAACACAGUUCAAUCGAUACGUGGAACCCGAAUCGCCGUUGCAAUUGUGAUCGGAAUUCUAUUCGGAGGCAUCUUCGCUUUUUUGUACCCUCAUGGUCUCUUCUCUCCGAUUCAAACUUCUCCAUUUCAAGGUCGCCGUCUUUCCAAAUCGAUUCUCCAGAUUGGAUCAACUGCAUGUGAAUCCACAGAGAGAAUGAACAUGUUGAAAUCAGACAUUAUAGAUUUAUCGAGGAAGAACGAUGAGUUAAAGAAGCAGGUUAGGGAUUUAACUCAAAAAUUGAUGGCAGCUGAACAGAAAAACGGAAAGGCUGAGCAGCAAGUUGAGGUGAUCGGUGAUCCCCAAAAAGCUGGGCCUUUCGGUAGUGUCAAGGGUAUAAGAACCAACCCUAUGGUCCUUCCAGACAGCACUGUAAACCCGAGACUUGCAAAAAUCUUGAAAAAGAUCGCCGUUCAAAAUGAGCUUAUAGUUGUACUUGCAAAUUCUAACGUUAAAGCCAUGUUGGAGGUGUGGUUCAUCAGCAUUAAGAAAGUAGGCAUACCCAAUUAUCUAGUGGUGGCUUUAGACGAUGGGAUUGUGGAUUUUUGCAAAGAAAACAGCAUACCCUUUUACAUGCGAGAUCCAGAUGAGGGUAUCGAUUCAGUGGCUAAAACAGGUGGUAAUCAUGCCGUUUCAGGAUUGAAGUUCAGAAUCUUGAGGGAGUUUUUGCAGUUGGGUUACAGUGUUCUUCUGUCGGAUGUUGAUAUUGUAUACAUACAGAACCCUUUUGAUCAUAUCUAUAGGGAUUCAGAUGUUGAAUCUAUGUCUGAUGGACAUGAUAAUAUGACUGCAUACGGAUAUAACGAUGUUUCUGAUGAUCCUUCUAUGGGGUGGGCUAGAUAUGCUCAUACGAUGCGAAUAUGGGUCUAUAACUCUGGAUUUUUCUAUCUACGACCUACUUUACCUGCACUCGAGCUUUUAGAUCGUGUGGCUGAGAGGCUCUCCCACCCACCACCGGCUUGGGAUCAGGCUGUUUUCAAUGAAGAGCUGUUCUUCCCGUCUCAUCCGGGUUACAUUGGGCUUCAUGCUUCCAAGAGAACGAUGGAUCGUUAUCUGUUUAUGAACAGUAAGACCCUUUUCAAGGAAGUAAGAAAAGAUGGUGAUUUAAACAAGAUGAAGCCUGUGAUUGUUCAUAUAAAUUAUCAUCCAGAUAAGUUACCCAGAAUGAAAGCAGUCAUGGAGUUCUAUUUCGAUGGGAAGAAAGAUGCAUUGGAACCGUUUCCUGAUGGCUCCGAGUGAAGAUAACCAGGUGCCCAAUGUUGUCAUGGUUUCCAGCUUCUCUGGUCGUAUCAGGUAACCAUUUUGAAGGUAGAAGAAUACUGUACUUGUUAUUUAGUGUAAUAUCAAAAUUUUCUAUUUUGUACCCAUUUUACCAGUAACUUGUUAGAUCUUGUAGCAUUUGGUGAUGUGGAUAUCUUGUUUGCUACAUGUUCACGAAAGACUUACGGUGAAGUGGAUGAUAAACUUGAUAUCCACGUCGUAAAAUGUUACAAGAUCGGACGGUGCCGAUCAAAAUGGAUAGAAAAUAAGGAAAAUUUGAUAUUUUGUUAUACCGAUCGAGAAAAAAAAAUGGUUAUACCAAAUAGAAACUAAUAAAAAAAAGAUUGAUGCAUUUUACCCAUUUCUAUAUUAUGAAUCACAAAUAUGCAAAUGUCCGUU